GCAACCAGCGCCGCCCUCAAAGAGUGACGAAUCCUACUAUAGGAGGCCUUGAUCCAUGCCAUGAUCGACCAAUGGUAGUGCGCAGAGCUUUCGCGAGAUGUAAAUAUGGCGGUUAUGUGAUGCGGUUUUUCCAAGUGCAGCGUUUGAAAUUUUUGCAUUUUCGGCUGCUAUCAUGGUAUUCUGGUUAGUUUAAACCUGCCAUGAAUGCAGCGGAAUCAUUUUCAGAUGGCCCAAGUGGCGGUGACGGUGCGUUCUAUUUAAAACCCGGAUCCUCUAGAAUGAUGGAAGGUGUCCAUGAACUGUUGCCACUUUUGCAGGAGAAGCUUAUUCUUCUUACUGGAGGCAGAGACCUUCGUGGAGGACCCAUCCUGACAUUCCCUGCUAGGUCUAGGCCGGACAGGUUAAGACCCGAGGACCUUCGAAAGGUCUUAACGUACCUGUCUAGUAUACCUUGUGAGGAAGCCAGGGAGCUUGGGUUUUCCGUGGUGAUUGAUACACGUGGUGCCACAUGGGCCACCAUUAAACCCAUCCUGAAGCUUCUUCAGGAGUGCUUCCCGGCCAAAAUUCAUGCAGCUUAUCUCAUUAAGCCAGAUAACUUUUGGCAGAAGCAGAGGACAAGUAUGGGAAGCUCCAAAUAUAAAUUCGAGACCAACAUGAUUUCCCAAGAAGCAUUGUCCAAAUACAUCGACCCGUCACAGCUAACACCAGACCUAGAUGGAACAUUAUCAUACGAUCACAGCCAGUGGUUAGAUUUGCGCAUGGCUCUAGAAAAGUUUCUGUGGAACACUGGGGACCUUCUUGAACAGCUAGAGCGUAUGAAAGAAGAUCUUGUGAGUAACAACUUUGCUGAAGAUGUGGCAACUGCAAAGCGUAUGAUUGAAGACCAUGUAAGUGCCAAGAAGCGUGUGCUACAGAUACCAGUUGAUGAAGUGGACCUUGAGGGACAACAGGUUCUCCACAGGCUCGGAUUAAGUAGUAGUGGAUGUGGUGGUGGGAGCAGCAGCAGUGACUCUGGUUACUCAGGCGGUCGAGAGAGCUGUUGUGGUGGUGUACCCCCUGAGUGGGGAGGGGCACCACAGGUGGUGCGGCUACUGGAGAACUUGCGUGUGGCUCGGCAGCAUGUGUUACAGCUAUGGCAUGUACGCAAAGUGCAGCUUGACCAGUGUCUUCAACUUCGCCUGUAUGAGCAGGAUGCGCAGAAGAUGUUGGACUGGAUCUAUCGCAACAGAGACCUUUUUCUUAUGAAUUAUGUGGAGAUAGGGCAGUCUUUUCAAGGUGCAAAGGUUUUACAAGAGGAACAUAACCACUUCACUAUUGCAUCUAUGAAUGUUUAUGCAAACAUUAAUCGAAUACUGGUAAUGGGGUCUCGGCUGAUUGAUGGUGGCCAUUAUGCAGCAGCAACAGUGCAGCAGAUAGUGGCUGCAUUAGACCACACUUGGAAAGAAUUUGCAGCAGGGCUUGAUGAGAGGACCACAGUGCUCUCCCUUUCAGUGCUCUUUCAUCAGAAGGCACAGCAGUACUUAAGCAAUGUAUCUUCAUGGAGCAAGUCCAACGAAAUUUCCAGCAUUCCACGAGAAGUAACUGAUUUAGAAGAACUCAUACACAAACAUCAAGGACUCUACGAAACGAUGUGCCAAGCAUACACAGAGGUUCACAGUGCUAGCAAGAAACUCUUAUAUCAGUUGGAUCAUCUGGUUCAGGUGUGCCAUCCGUCAAAGGCAGAGCCGCACAAACAUACGGUAGAAGGUAAAUCUAUGCUGGAUGGCUGCCCUACGGGUGAUUACUCGGAAGGUGCAAAACACGUGUUGUCUGUUAUUCACGAGAUUUUGGGUCACCAUCGAAACCUAGAAGCCAAAUGGCAUGCCAAGAAGUUGAAACUUCAUCAAAGGCUUGCACUUCGUUUGUUUCAAGAGGACGUUCGACAGGUCUUGGACUGGCUGGAAAAACACGGGGAGGUGUUUCUUAGGAAAAACCCUGGAAUCGGUAGAAACCUUGUAAGGGCACGAGCACUUCAAAAGAGCCACGAGCAUUUUGAGAAUGUUGCACAGAACACAUACACAAAUGCAGAAAAGCUGCUGGCAGCCGCAGAAGAGUUGGCUCAAACGGGCGAGUGCAAUGCAGAUGAAAUUUAUGGUGUGGCCCAAGAGCUGGAGGAUCAAAUUGCCAGCUUUGCAACCCGGGUAGAGCAACGCAGGCAGUUGCUACAACUCGCUGUUAUCUUCUACACGCAUGACAAAGAGCUAACUGGAUGGUUUGAAGAACUUAGAGCAGAGCUUCAGAGUAACAAAGUAGCUGACUCUGCUGAAACUGCUGAGCAGCUUCUGGAACAGUUCACACAGCAGAGAGACUCUACACUUGAUGCUGCUGUCAGCACUAUCAGUGAAGGAGAAACGCUGCUAGAAGAGCUCAGGAGUCUGGGCAUGAGUGCAGAAACUGAUAGCACAGGUUCUUAUGGAGCUGUUGAGGGCACCCUAGAGGCGCUCACACGAACCCGAGAAGAGUUAGAGGCUCUCUGGGCCAACCGCAAACUUCAACUGGAUUUGGGCUUACAGCUACGCCUUUUUGAACGAGAUGCUGUUGAGCUGAGCUCCCAGCUUGAAUUAUGGAUGAAUGAGCUGAAACACAUUGAAGUGACUCGAGACCUACAGCAGGCAGAGCGUUUGCAGCAGCUGCACUGCGAAAAUGUGUCCCAUAUGCAACAGACGAUUUAUCACGUGCUGCAGAGAGGUCAAGAACUUUCUCAGGUACUGGAGUCAUCCGGGGUACACCUGAUGGCGGACAACCAGUACGAUGCUCAAAGCCGAAUUCAAGCAUUGCUCGAGUUCCUGCAUGGCCGGGAAAUGGACAUCGAAGAUUUGGCUGAAAUGAAGCGUGUGCGCCUGGAGCAGUGCAUGCAGCUAUGUCAGCUGGAGAAAGAUGCUAAUCAGGUGAACACAUGGAUUCGAAAUGGCGAGGCGAUGCUUUCUGCUACAUUUUUGAUUCCGACUUGCCUCACUGAAGCUGAGCAGUUGCGGUCUCAACAUGAACAGUUUCAGCUGGCAAUAGAGAAAACUCAUACAAGUGCUAUUCAGAUCCAGCAAAGGGCAGAAUCUCUAGUGCAGUCGAACCACUAUGAUCCUGCAGCAGUGCGUGCUGUUGCAGAGCGAGUGGACACCUGGUGGCAUCAGAUGAUGACUCAUGCCGAAGAUCGUCACCGCUUGGUCAACGCCUCUCUUCGCUUCUACAAGACUGCAGAGCAUGUGUACUCUGUGUUGGAUAGUCUGGAGCGGGAGUAUCGACGUGACGAGGAUUGGUGCGGUGGAGAGGGAAAAGAGGGCGCGGAUCGCGCAGCAAACUUGCCAGAGCUGCUUGUCAAGCACCAGGAAAAAAAGGAAGCCUUUCUCAAGGCAUGCACCAUGGCACGCCGUGAUGCUGAGACGUUAUUGAAAUACACAGCUCGUUGUGCACAGUACUACCCACAUGCACAUGGGGAUGCCCCUUACCGUGGACCAGAAGCCAAAGUUAAAGCCUUAAUGGAACAACUGCUAAAGCAGGAGAAUAAGGUGCUGGAGCUGUGGACAGCUCGCAAGAAGCGCAUUGACCAAUGCCAGCAGUACGUCCUCUUCGAAAGAAGUGCCAAGCAGGCACUAGGAUGGAUCAAGGACACAGGAGAACAUUACCUGGCAACUCAUAACAGUUUGGGCGAAACCCGCGAGGAAACAGAGCAGCUUCUUAAAGAACACAAUGAAUUCAAAGGCAAUGCCAAGGAAACCCGGGAAAAGGUACGCCUGCUCCUGUCGUUGGCAGACAGCUUGGUGGAACGAGGCCAUGCACAUGCUAGCACCAUUAAGUGUUGGGUAGCAGCUGUAGACAAAGGUUACAAGGACUUCAGCUCUAGAAUGGACAAGUACAAGACUCAGCUAGAACACAAGCUUGGGCUGCAGUCAGAGGAAACCAAGGAGCUUUCUUUAGAUCGCAACAGUGAUCCAAACUUGGAGAGCAAGGUCAAAGAGUCCGCUGUGAAGGAGCUGAACGAGGAGAAGCGUAAAUCUGCACGGAGAAAAGAGUUCAUAAUGGCUGAGCUGCUGCAGACAGAACGUACAUAUGUCAAAGACCUUGAGGCCUGCAUCGAAAAAUACUUGGCAGGACUGAAGAACCCCGACAAUGAUCCUCCUCCUGGUAUUAUUGGGAAGGAAUAUAUUCUCUUUGGCAACAUUGAGGAAAUAUAUGAAUUUCAUAACAGUAUUUUCCUCAAGGAGCUUGAAAAGUAUGAGACAAUGCCGGAAGACGUUGGCCACUGCUUUGUGACAUGGGCUCAGAAAUUCGAGAUCUAUGUGAAGUACUGCAAAAACAAACCAGAGUCAAAUGCUGUGUUGAUGCAACAUGCUGGGACAUUUUUUGAGAAAAUUCAACACAAACAUGGGGUUCCGCACCCCAUUCCAGCGUAUCUUAUCAAGCCAGUCCAGCGGAUCACCAAGUACCAGCUACUGCUGAAAGACCUGCUGGCCUGUUGUGAGGAUGGUGUGCAGGGGGAAAUUCGGGAUGGACUUGAAGUCAUGCUGAGUGUUCCAAAGAAAGCCAAUGAUGCCAUGCAUCUAAGCUUACUUGAUGGAUGUGAUGUGUCACUAGACCAACUAGGAGAGGUGGUGCUGCAAGACUCGUUCCAAGUGUUUGACUCGCGGGCGAUCAUUCGUAAAGGCCGAGAACGCCACCUUUUCCUGUUUGAGCUCUACCUACUUUUCAGUAAAGAAACAAAGGACUCUAACGGCAAAGUGAAAUAUAUCUACAAACAAAAAUUAAUGACAUCGGAAAUAGGCAUUACUGAGCACAUAGAAGGCGAUGAAUGCAAGUUCGCCGUGUGGACUGCAGUGUGGACUGAACAUGGUCCAACCUCAGAGAACAAGAUAAUCCUGAAGGCAUCUUCUCUGGAAGCAAAGCAGACAUGGGUGAAGAAAUUACGUCAGAUGAUUCAGGAGACGUACUUUAACUCAGCAUUGUCAACCUUGAACCUCAACAAAAGCAGCAAGCUGUCAUCCAAGUUGUUCAGUAACCGUUCUAGCAGGGACUUUGAGGACUCAUCGCAAGAUGAAGGUCUGACUGACCUUCAGGAGCGUGUGUCAGUGGCGUCGUUUGGGUCGAGCAACACGACAGACAGCGAAAAGGGGACAGAUCCCGAUGACCAUACACCUAGCAGCCAGGGAGAGCCGUUCGCGGACUUGGUGGCGCCGGGGGUGGAUCUUAGCCCGAGCAACUCGCCAGCUAUCCCACCGCUUCCGUCUCCGGGAAACAAACGGCGGGGCACCUUUCGGAAGUGGCUUACAAAUCCAGUCAGAAAACUCAGCCAUGGCCGCAUCGACAAAGCGGAUCCUGUUGCUACAAAAAGCACUACAGCACCACCUUCCAAGAAGUCGACAUCUGUCUCGCAUUCUUCAAAGUUACUAAGCUCAAAAGAAGAAAUGGGCAAUAAGACAUCAUUGCCUGGUCCCCCUUCAAAGCCAAAUGAAACAGUGGAGCAAAAAUAUGGUGUGGGAUCCAAGGCCUCAUCUGUUGAUGUGGAUCCUGGUGGGACUGCAGAGGAGGAAGAGGUCUGUGAACUUCCGCCACCCAUGGAGAUCCAAGAUCACCUUUUCAAGCCUCAGCAAGCCACACCCGAUUUUACCAUUGAUUCAGCAGAUCACGAACAGAAAACGAUAACUGAAGAAAUUGAGCAGCCUCCUAAAGAAAGACCCACAACACUUCAGGAUGAUGAUUCGGAAACUACAACGUCGCAGGAAGAUCCUCAGGAAAGCAGUUUAGAGACAACGUGUGAUGGCAAAGAAAGGGAAAAAUCUCUACAGAAAAGAAGUUUUGUCUUGAAGGAGCUUGUUGAUACAGAGCAGCAGUACGUUGCUGACUUAGGUUACAUUGUGGAGGGUUACAUAACAGUAAUGAGGUCUGGAGAGAUAGCCAUGCCUGAAGACCUGAAAAAUGGGAAGGAUAAAAUAAUAUUUGGAAACAUAGAGGCAAUAUACGAAUGGCAUCGCGAUUUGUUCAUGGCGGAGCUCGAAAAGUGCUUGGAAGAACCAGAAAGGCUGGGUCUAUUAUUUAGGCGUUAUGAAAGGAGGCUCAAUAUGUACAUUGUCUACUGUCAGAACAAGCCAAAGUCUGAGUACAUAGUUUCUGAAUACAUCGACACAUAUUUUGAAGAAAUUCGUCAGAAGUUGGGCCAUAAGCUACAGUUGCCUGAUUUGCUUAUAAAGCCUGUUCAACGCAUUAUGAAAUACCAGUUACUGCUCAAAGAUAUAUUAAGGUACACAGAAAGGGCACAGCUGCAUAAGGAAGCGGAAGACCUAAGAAAAGCAGUGCAUAUUAUGCAUGUUGUGCCAAAAGCUGCCAAUGACAUGAUGAAUGUUGGACGGCUACAAGGUUUUGAUGGUAAAAUCACUGCCCAGGGCAAGUUACUCCUACAGGGGUUACUCCUUGUGAGCGACCCAUCCAGUGGUAACAAGUUUCGCGAACGUCAAGUGUUUCUUUUUGAGCAAAUCAUCAUACUUAGUGAAGCUGUGGGCGCAAAAACUCCCUUUUCCAAUCAGGUGUAUAUCUACAAGAAUCAUCUGCAGGUUAAUAAGAUGUCACUAAAUGAACACACAGAAGAUGGUGAUCCUCUAAAGUUUGCACUAUGCUCGAAGGACCCCCAUCAAGAGGGUCUCACAUUUGUUAUUCAGACACCAUCCAUGGAGUCUCGUACUGAGUGGGUCUCAAAUAUUAGAGCUAUCCUAGAAACUCAACUUGAUUUCCUAAGAGCCAUCCAGUCACCCAUUGCCUAUCAGAAGGAGCUCACGAAGGACAUUUCUGCCCCUGAGCUGGGGUCCCUGUGGAACCCGUCACUGCGCAAAACACUAUCCCACCCAGCUGCUGCCCAUAAAUCGGUGCGUAGCUCAGUGAUGUCGGACAGUGUACCCAGCCUGACGUCCAAGUCAAUGCGGCAACCUGCCCGGGACAAAAAGCUACUGCGGCCGGCCACAACGAGCGGUGGCAGUCGAGGUGCAGCGGAAGCGGAGGACGUGCAGCGCAAACACUCGUUCCCAGUGGCGCAGCAGCAGCAGAGCCCCGGCAAGGGAAAGCGCAACUUCUUCGAGGGCUUUCGAAAUACACUGCGUCCCAAGGCGGCCAAGGCGUCAGAGCCCCCCCUGUGCUUUAGUCACAGCUUGGACUCUGCUACACGCGCAGCAACACUGGACCCCAGCGAUGGGCGCCGCUGGUCUGAGACAACACGUCCGGUAAGGCCUGAGGGCCCCGUGGUUGCCCACGACUGACCUCGCUCAGAGCUCACCAAGAGAGACUCGAUAGCUAUGCAGACGUGCUGAAAGUUUGUUCCCUGUGCUGUACAUAGUGUACAUAACACUGGAAGUGAAUGCUGUCUUUAUGUCCACGUGUCCCACUUUAACACGCAUGGUUUGGGGGUCUUGAUUGCCACUAAUACGUUACAUUUAGGAUGCAUGUAUUGGUGGCAUACAGGUGCCAGCCCCGAGUGUUAAUUGUACAUAGGUAUAUAUGAGAGUGGUAAUGUAUUGGGAUGUUGCAGGGCUCGAUAUAUAGGAACAACUAUUUGUGUUUGGCAUUACGCUUGAUGUGACCUGAACAAACUUUUGUCAUGCUAGCGUGAAAGCUACCACCGUUAGUUAUCUUUCCUGUUCAUGUCAUUCACACAAGUUUUGAUGAAUGUGUACAAGGGCCCAAGGAAGUAGCAAGAAUAUUGGGCAAGUCGGGACAAGCCAGUUGUUAUUUCACCUCUGCGAUCACACCUCAAGGCAACCUUUCUGUUGUCAUUGUUCCAAACCACUGGAAAGUCACACUUGCUGGGUCCAUAGUUUGGUUAGAAACAUAAUGUUUGGCCACCCUGAUUUUCAGAAAUGUGAGACUACAUGAAAACACAGUACCUUGAGCUCUGAAGCCUGCAAGUAUUUCCAAUGUGAUGCAGUGUUUCUGGCAGUUGCUUUCACUCUUUCCUUGAGCAGUAACUGUGGCCAUCUAAGCUUGUUUUCUCAAGUCUUUAAAGGGGCACGCGACGUUUUGCAGCAAUGGUUCAGGCACAUUUUGUUGUCCAUUUUACGAGAGGCUGUGUGGAUGCAGGCUACAGAGAUGCAUAAUAUUUUACACCUGCGGGGAAUGGUCUGUUUGUAUAGUGUGAAAUUAUAAGCUGUACAAUAAAGGCGUCUACUUAAAUGGAGCCAUGGGGUGGAAGGCAUAAAGACUGUAUAAAACACUAGUCAGUAUUUAUGGACAAAUGGUUUUAUAAUAAAUUUAUUCACUUGCA